AUGUUCAGCCAUCUCGCCCAUACCUUCUCCAUCCGUUUCGUGACCAUCUCGCCCAUACCUCCUCCAUCCAGUUCGCGGCCAAUUCGCCCAUGCCUUAUCCAUCCGUUUCGCCGCCAUCUCGCCCAAGCCUUACCAAUACUACUUGCGGUUUGUGGCCAUCUCGUUCAUGUCUUACCCAUCCGUUUCGCAUCCAUCUUGCCCAUGCCUUAUCCAUCCGGUUUGUGGCUAUCUUCCUCAUGCCUUACCCAUCCAGUACGCGACCAUCUCGCUCAUGCCUUAUCCAUCCUGUUCGCGGCCAACUCGCCCAUGCUUUACCCAUCCGGUUCGCCGCCAUCUCGCCCAUCUACAUGCGGUUUGUGGCCAUAUCGUUCAUGCCUUAUCUAUCCGGUUUGUGGCCGUGUCUCUCAUGUCUUACCCAUCCGUUUCGCGGCCAUCUCACCCAUGCAUUCUCUAUCCUGUUCGCGACCAUCUCGCUCAUGCCUUAAUCAUCCGGUUUGUGGCCAUCACAUGUCUUACCCAUCCCUUUCGCGGCCAUCUCGCCCAUGCCUUACCCAUCACUUUCUCGGCCAUCUCACCCAUGCCUUAUCCAUCCGGUUCGCGACCAUCUCGCCCAUGCCUUAUCCAUCCGAUUUGCGACCAUCUCGCCCAUGCCUUAUCAAUCUGUUUUGCAGCCAUCUUAUCCAUGCCUUACCCAUUCGAUUUGUGGCCAUCUCUCUCAUGUCUUACCAACCCGUUUCGCGGCCAUUUCACACAUGCCUUACCCAUCCGUUUCGCGGCAAUCUCGCCCAUGUCUUAUCAAUCCGAAAAUUGUUUUUACCCCCCCCCCUCUCUGCGUCUUUGUGCCUGUCUGGCUGUCUCUCUCAACCUGUUUGUCUCUCUCUCUCUCUCGCCGUGUUUGUGUGUUUGUCUUUUUUCUUCCCCUCUCAGCGUGUUUGUCUCAGUCUCUGUCUCUGGUGUGUUUGUGUGUGUGUCUCUCUCUUUCUCUCACUCUCUUUCUCCUUCGGCGUUUUUCUGCCUUUCUCUUCCUCGACGUUGUUUAUCUCCCUUUCUCUACCUCUCUCUGUCGACGUAUUUCUCUCUCUCUCUGUCGGCGUAUCUCUCUCUCUCUGUCGGCGUAUCUCUCUCUCUCUGUCGGCGUAUCUCUCUCUCUCUCUCUGUCGGCGUAUCUCUCUCUCUCUCUGUCGAUGUACUUCUCGCUCUCUGUGUCUUCAUCGGGAUGUUUCUCUUCGUCGGCGUGUUUCUCACUCUCUCUAUCUCUGUCUGCGUAUUUUUCUCUCUCUCUCUCUCACACAUACUUCAUCAGCGUGUGUUUUUCCCUCUCUCUCUCUCUCUCUCUCUCUCUCCAGUGGCAUGUUUAUCUCUCUUCCUUUCCUUCUCUUCAUCGGCGUGUUUCUCUCUCUCUCUCACGCUCCAUCGACGUGUUUUUCUUUUUCUCCCUCUCUCUUUGUGUCUUUCUCGCCCCCUCUCUCUCACCACGUAUUUCUUUCUCUUCCUCUGUAUGUCUCUCUCGACGUGAUUCUCUCUCUCCCUUUCCCUCGGCUAAAUACCUCCUAUUCGCAUAAAGGCAUUUUCGUAUCACCUCAGUGUGUCUCACCGUGUUUCCUGCUGACUCUCUCGCUCGGCGUGUUUCUGUAUCACGCUCUAAAUAUUUCUCUCUCUCUCUCUCGGCAUAUUUCUGUCUCUCUCUCGGCCUGUACGUCUCUCCCAGUGUCUCAGCGUGUUGCAAUCUUUCCGCCGCUCUCUCUAUAUAUCUCUCUCUCUCUUUCUCUUUCCAUGUUUCUCUCCCUCUCUCGUUUUUGCUCACUCUCUCGGCGUGUAUCUCCUUCUCUCUUUAACGGUGUGUUUCUGUCUUGCUUUCUCGCUGUGAGUCUCAGCGUGAUUCUGUGUGUCGCUAAGUGUUGCAACUCCCUUGGCUUGUUCCUCCCUGUCUCUUUCUCUCCCCCCAUCGCUCUCUCUCUCUCCCUUGCUCUCUCUUUCUUUCGAUGUGUUUCUCUCUCUCUCUUUCUCUCUCUCAACAAUCUAAAAAUAACCGUUUACAUCAAAGCGUCCUAUAUAACCGGAAACAGUGCGACUCCCCUCUUUCUCUCUUUCUAUCACUCUCUAUUUCAUUCUUUCUAUCUCUCUCUAUUUCAUUCUUUCUAUCUCUCUCUCUUUCAUUCUUUCUAUCUCUCUCUCUUUCAUUCUUUCUAUCUCUCUCUCUCUUUCAUUCUUUCUAUCUCUCUCUUUAUUUCUUUCUUUCUAUCUCUCUCUUUAUUUCUUUCUUUCUAUCUCUCUCUUUAUUUCUUUCUUUCUAUCUCUCUCUUUAUUUCUUUCUUUCUAUCUCUCUCUUUAUUUCUUUCUUUCUAUCUCUCUCUUUAUUUAUUUCUUUCUAUCUCUCUCUUUUUCUUUCUUUCGUUUCUCAGUUUCGACCUUUUCUUAUUUUUUUCUUUAGUUUGCAAACUUGAUUCUUUCUUUUUUCUUUCUUUCUUUUUUUCUUUCUUUCUUUUUUUCUUUCUUUCUUUUUUUCUUUCUUUCUUUUUUCUUUUUUCUUUCUUUCUUUCUUUCUUUUUUCUUUCUUUCUUUUUUUCUUUCUUUCUUUCUUUCUUUCUUUCUUUCUUUCUUUCUGUUAGAGUUGAUGGUUAA